AUUCUUUAGUAACAAAAAAUUUUGAUUCGAUUAUUCAUAUUCAGAUGUUGAUGGUUUAUAUUUGUUUGUUUGUGUUUUGUAAGAUAUCUUCAUAAUAGUUUGAUAUCAUCAUCAUCAUCAUCAUUAGUUAUUUCAUUGCCAAAAUAAUAAUAAUCCGAAAAACCAAACAAUGGAUAUAACAAUAAAAAAUAAUCGAAACAAUAAUAAUAAUAGCCCGGAACCGGAAGAUAGUGGACAGGAUGAUACAGCUGAGACGAUAAUUAAAACGGAAACAGCAACAGCAACAUCGGCAGCAGCAACAUCAUCAACAUUAUCAUCGAUUGUGGCAACAGCAGCUAAUAAUAAUAGACAAAGAAGUAAUUCGGCAAUUGCAUUAUCAUUAUUAAAAUCGGCUGCUUCUUUUUCAAGCCGUUCCGGAAUUGGAUCUAUUAAUAAUAAUAAUAAUAAUAAUUCAACAACCAUUACGUCAUCAUCAUCGAUAGUUGCACCGGUGGAUUUAAGAAUCGCAGCAAAUAAUCUACUUGUAGAAGCAGCAACAACAUUUUCAUUAUGUUCAUCAUCAUCGUCAUCAUCAAAUACAACAACAACAACAACGACGACGACGCAAUAA